GUUCCUCACCAUGAGUUCUUGGAGAACUCAAAUCUGAAAAACUGGAUCGCAAGAGAGGGAAGAAUGGGAGAAUGGAGCCGCAGCGUUAUCCCUAUAGUCAGAGGCCUCUGUUUCCGUUACGUUACCAACAAAUACCUCGGCACUACCGUCAUUACUUAUGGCCCCAGCAUGCUCCCAACAUUGUGCAUAACAGGCAACGUGCUGUUGGUGGAACGCAUUUCGACCCGGACCGGCAAACUUCGACCCGGUGACGUUGUGAUCCUACGGUCGCCCGAGGCUCCGAGGAAAGUUGUCUGCAAACGGCUGAUGGGAAUGGAAGGUGAUCAAGUCACCUACGUCGUCGACCCCAAGAACAGUGAUAGAUGCAAAACUGUCGUGAUUCCUAAAGGGCAUGUUUGGGUAGAAGGAGAUAACAUCUAUAACACAAAUGAUUCGAGGAAUUUCGGAGCUGUUCCUUAUGGCCUUCUCGAAGGCAGGGCUUUUUGGACGUUAUUGCCUCGUAAAGAUUUCGGAACCUUGCCACCUAAACUAUGCCUACUUUAUGGGUUGGUAGAAGACAAUCCAGUCAUUUAUCGUAUUGCAGAUUCAGUGCAAAGGUCGAUGAGACCAAAGAAAAGGUGCCACACUACUCGAGAUCGUCGUUUAAAGACGUCUUUUUCGGUUAUCAAGUUGCAGCCGGUUUCCGGUGAUCAAUGA